CAUCCACCAUGAGCGACGACGUCUACACUGACCACCCUGACCACACCGUGCCAGGCAUGCGCGAGCGCUCGCGGCCCGGCACGGGCGGCGAGCCGAUCUACGACUCUGUGACGGACAUCCAUGGCCGCCGCGUCUCCGGCAAGCCCGCGAACCGCGCGAUACUAGCGGAUCAGCGCGCGCGCGCGGAGCGCGCCCGCAAACGUGCGGAACGUGAGCGAGCAGCCCCCGCGACGUGGAGCAGUCUGCUGGGCAAGCUGUUCCUGCUUGCACUCUUCCUUCCGGCCCUCUCCCACUUCCUCACCGGCACGUACCACUUCGGGCUCGACGAAACGGUGCGGCCCUACGCCCGCAAGGUUUGGCGGCAUCCAGCGAACCCAUUCGCGUCGCCGGGCCGCGAGUUCACGCUGCUCCAGCUGGCGGCGUAUGACGGCGCAGACGAUCGCAAGCCCGUCUACCUCUCCAUCGACGGGCGCGUGUACGAUGUGUCGGCGAACCGGCGCAUCUACGGGCGCGGCGGGUCGUACAACAUGAUGGCUGGGCGCGACGCCUCGCGCGCCUUCGUGACGGGAUGCUUCGACACCCACCUCACGCACGACUUGCGCGGCCUGAGCGAAGCCGAGCUCAAGGCGCUGCAAGGGUGGAAGGACUUUUUCGAGAACCAUGCGCGCUACUGGCCCGUCGGGCAUGUGAUCUUGCCCCCGAUCGACCCCAAGACGCCCAUCCCUCCGCCGUGUCGCGAGCAGGCGGGCAACGCGCCUGGCGCGACGCAUCGUGGGCGGCCGCGCCCUGAUCCCGUCGUGAAGGCUGGCAAGUAGGCGGCUUUGGCACGGUGAUGCAUGUAUACGUGGUUGGUGCGAG